AUGGCUGAUCUAACAGGAGGUGGGAAGGCCUUCACUCCCCCAGAUGAAGUUUUGGAACGUGUAGCAUCUAUUUUAGGUGCUACAUGUACAGGCUUAUCUGUGGUGUUCGGUGGCGAUGGUGAGAAUGAAUCUGUUGCCCUGUCAGAAGCUGUUGUGGAAGUCCAAGACUUGCAGCCACUACCAGAACUCCCUCAGGACAGUACUGUUGUGGUAUUGGGUGCUGAUGGUAGUUUAGAGGCAGGUGGUGGAAGUGAGGCAUAUUUAACACCCAAGAAAUUUAUUUUCAAUACGCCAAGUAAAGGCUUAAACAAACGAAAGAAACUUUCUGAGGAAGUUAGUUACUUGGCGUUAGCAGCAUAUUUCCAAGCAAAGGUUAAGAAAGUAGCACUAGAGACUAAAAAAUUAGAUUUAGAAAAUAAAAAGUUAGAAUUAGAAUGA